GCGGCAUCAUCUUGUGUUAUAUCUUUCGAUCUAAAUCUGCACUCCACACACUCCACACUCACUUCAUCAUCAUCUUCUUCUUCUUCUUCUUCUGGUUUCAGAUCUACCAUUACACACUGCAGAAAGGCACAAGAUGAACAAGUAAUGAGGUAGCCGUGAAUAGAAAAAAUGGGUGGGGGCCGGUUCAGCCCGACGCAGAAGGGGAAAAGGGUUCCGAGGAGGGUCUGGUUAAGCUUCCAAAAAUCAAUGGGAGUCCUCGUGGGUGGGAACCAUACCUCCUCCAGGUUUUGCACUCGCUAAUCUUCUUCUUUCUCUCAUCUUUCGGCUUCAAAUUUUUUCUCUCUCAAUUGAAAUCAAUCAAUCAAUCUCUCUUCAUCCAAUCAUUUCAAUGGACACCAAGGCCUUCUUCAACCUCCACAUCCUCAAUGCCUCCAUCGCCAGGCGCGUCCUUCUACGCUCCAUCCUCCUUGCCUGCGCAAUCUCCAUCGUCUCUCUCUACCGCGCGCAGUCGCUCUUCGAUUUCGCUCCCAUCGCUACCUACUUGGACUGCGUUUCCGGUUUCCACGGCGUCACUUUCCGCCCCGCGUCCCAUUUGCUCCGAACCCGCUUCUGGGUCCCUGCCAAUUGCGAGAAAGACGCCAACUUGACCCUCACCGUGGUCACCGAGCUCACCGGGAACCGGUUUCUCUACCCCGGAGCGAAGAGCCUCUGCGUCGGAGAAGGAUCUUCGAUGGCCGUCGCGGCAAUGAAACAGUUAGGCUUCUCCGCCGUCAGCGCCGUCCAAACGCGCAGUUUCGAGCAGAAGGAGGUCCUGUACGAGGAUUCUUCCUUCGAUUUCGUGUUUUCCAGGGACCUCGACAAGGUAUCUGUCCCUGCUCUGUUGGUUCUCGAGAUUGAGCGUGUUCUUAAGCCUGGUGGGAUUGGCGCCCUUAUUGUAGGUAGCUCCGGUUCGCAUCCCAAUGAUUUGAUAAGGGCAGCCACCCCUGUUUCCUCUUUGUUAAGAUCUUCCAAUGUGGUGCAUGUUGAUUAUGUCAAUGAGCUUAACCUCGUUGUUUUCAAGAAAAGACAUGACAAUACUACUUCGUUUUACCAACAUAGUUUACCCGCUGAUUGUCCCAGUCUCACCUUCACCCAACCCCUCAUAGAGUUAAUGGAGCCUCUUGUGAGUGAGAAGCAGAAAGCAGCACCUCCUGAGUUUCACAAGAACAUUCCCUAUUUGCCUAAGUUUGUGGAUGUUUCCAGUAGGAAGAGGUUGGUGUAUAUUGAUAUUGGUGUGGGGGAGCUGCAUAAUGCCAAUGUCAGUGAUUGGUUCCUGCCAUCAUACCCUAUUGAUCAGAAAGAUUUCAAUGUUUACUUUGUUCACUACAACACUUCCAUCAUGUUGUCCUAUGUGAAGCGACCUGGUAUUACCUUUGUUUAUCACCCUGGCUUGGCUGGUAUUGGGAAGGUCACAGCUAAACUUGGAACUGAUGAUAAUGAUGAUGAUGACCUUGAUUCUUUCCUUGGCGAGGAGGAGUUUGAUUUCCUUGCCUGGUUCAGAGAAACUGUGCAAUAUGCUGAUUUUGUAGUCCUCAAGAUGAAUGCAGGGAAUGUUGAACUCAAGUUCCUCUCGGAUAUAUUUGAGAAUGGAGCUAUAUGCUUUGUUGAUGAGUUGUUUCUCAAGUGUCCCGAGAGGGGAGGUGGUGAUAAAAGUGUAACCACCAUGGAAAGUUGUAUGGAUAUUUACAAGGGUCUCAGAAGCAAUGGUGUCUAUGUCCAUCAAUGGUGGGGAGACUAAGUUGCAGCACUGCAUAUCUUUGUGUUGUUACAACUUUCUCUAUGUUUCAUGUGUUUGGACUAUAGUCCAAUUGUUGUUUUUGUUGUCUGUGAAAGUGUGAAGGAUGCUAUGAACAUCCUUGUGCUUUUAUGGUUGGGCACUGAAUGCUAAAUAAACAACCACUGUAGUUCUCGUUUGCUAAUAAAACCUGUGAUGAUUUCGUGUU